AUGGGAAAAGGAGGAAAGCCUAAGAAAGAUGGAAAAAGUAAUAAAAAGGGUACAAAAGAUAAGGAAGAAAAACCAAAGGGUGAUAAGAAGAAGAGUGGUGAAGAUGGAGAAAGUGCAAGAGAGAUUUGCGAUUUCGACGGCUGCAAGUGUUACAAUCAACUUAAAGUUAUCCUGCUCUUCACCUUUGACGAAGAACUCAAAUGCGCGGUCAGUGAAAUUUGUCAAAUUCAAUUAUUAGAAGCCCUAGGUUCAGAGAUCAACGCUCGUCUGUUUGGUACUCCUUGCUGCGCAGGGACAAAAAAAUGUUGCAAGGGAAAGGGAUAUAGUAGAGGUGCUGGUUUUGGUGUUAAUGGUGGUCUUGGUAGUGUUGGUGGUGGAGGUGUUAGUGGUGGUUUCGGUGGUGUUGGUGGUUUUGACGCUGAUUAUGAUGGCGGUGCUUUUUACGAAAGCCUUUAA